AUGGCCAAGCUGGCUCGGGUCUCGACAAUGAGGCCAAUAAUCAGCCGAGUCGAGCCUCCGGCGGCGGCCGCCUUUAUGGCAAAGAGCACUCCAAGGGGAACUUCGUCGUCAUAUUCUUCGUCCUGCUACGGGGUAGCUGUCGGGUCUUCCCACGCAAACGUGACAGGUUUGCCGUGUCCAGUCUUCCGUCCCACAUGGGCCACUGCGUCUGGUGCUGCGCAUGCCAUCGAUGUGAUGAAGCUGGCCUACUCUAUUACGGAUGGUUUCUGUUCCAGAGCAUCGUGGAAACCCUGUUGCAAUCACUCCCCUUCAAGUUGUUCAGCACUUGUCCAUUUCACCGCGAUGCUAUUGUGGUACAUCUCGACCGCCCGCAGCGGACACAGCCCAGUCUCUCUUGGUAUGGAGCAGCCCGGCCGUGUGUCGAAUGGAGCUUCACGAUUCAGCCAGCCGAGAGAGCACAGCCCCAAGUCCACUCGUUACGGAGGUCGCAAGGAUAUCCCCGCCAGGUCGGCCAGCCCUGCGGCCGUUUGCGCCCGGCGCGCCGUUGAACCAGACGGGCUCUGA